AUAGCUGGGUGGCAGGGACAGGGGGAGAGGGGCUUUUCUCUGUGGCCACCUGGUAAAGCCAUGUAAGAUCCCUGGCUUUUCAAGACAGAGAUAUAGAAACAACUCCGACUCAGUAACCGGCAAAUAAUUGGAUCCAAAUUAGCAACUAGGUGUAAAUUAUCCUGGAGGGAAUCUGUUGAGUGGGUAGUUAAUUAGUUUAAUCGACGAAUCCAAUAAGCAGUGGAGUAAUCCGGAGAAAAGAGGGGGGACAAAACAGAAAAUAAAGUGUCAAGUGCGCCCCGGAGCUUCAUGGACACGCUCGGAAAUCCCCAAACCAACUUCGAAAGAAGAAACCAAGUUCAGCUCUGAGGAUAUCUGCUGCCAGUUUUAAUGUCAGGUGAAGGUGAAGUCAGGCUGACGGAGCUCUUAUCUUUAGCCAGGUAACGGAUAAAAUCAGCUUUACUUUCUGUGCGUUUUUCUGCGGUGAGGGAUGAGUGGAGGUCGCUUUGAGUUUGAUGACGGCGGAGCUUAUUGCGGAGGCUGGGAGGGGGGCAAAGCCCACGGCCAUGGCAUCUGCACCGGACCCAAAGGGCAGGGCGAGUUCUCGGGCUCCUGGAACUACGGCUUCGAGGUGGUGGGAGUCUACACCUGGCCCAGUGGGAACACCUACGAGGGCUACUGGUCGCAGGGGAAGCGUCACGGUCUGGGAGUAGAAACCAAAGGACACUGGAUUUACAGAGGGGAAUGGACUCAUGGCUUCAAAGGGAGAUAUGGCGUCCGCAUCAGUGUUGGCAGCGGAGCAAAGUAUGAGGGGACCUGGAAUAACGGGCUCCAGGAUGGAUAUGGGACGGAGACGUAUGCGGAUGGAGGUACUUUCCAGGGUCAGUUCACUGGUGGGAUGCGGCAUGGCUAUGGUGUUCGACAGAGUGUCCCCUACGGCAUGGCAGCAGUUGUCCGCUCCCCUCUUCGCACCUCCUUGACCUCCCUCCGCAGCGAGCACAGCAAUGGCACCAUCCUGCAGCAGGAUGUCCCAGUCAUCACUACCACAAAUGCCUCAGGUGAGGAGACACCCAUCUCCACCCCUACCCAGCUGGGGCCGUCCCGCGGAGGCUUCGCCCUCACGCUCCAGGUUGACCCCGAGGCUGUUAAGAACAAGAAGAAGGGCCUGUUUCGCAGGAGCUCCCUGCUGGGUAAGCUGAGGAAGUCUGAUUCAAGCACAUCGCUGUCCAGCCAGAAGAGUAAGAUCAGCUUCCUGAGGCCGGAUUCUGCUCUCAGCUCCAACGCCAGCGACACCAACUCCACAGUCAGCAUUGGGGAUGAGAGCCUGGCUGGAGCCGAGGAUUUUCCCCCAGUGGAGGCCGACAUUGAUGCCACUACCACAGAGGUGUACAUGGGUGAGUGGAAGAACGACAAGCGCUCAGGAUAUGGAAUAAGCGAGAGGUCCAGUGGGCUGAAGUAUGAGGGUGAGUGGCUCAACAACCAGAGACAUGGCUACGGCUGCACCACAUUUGCUGAGGGAGGGAAGGAGGAGGGCAAGUACAUGAACAACAUGCUAGUGAAGGCCAUGAAGAAGAGGGUGAUCCAGCUGAAGGGAACUAAGAUCAAGCAGAAGGUGGAGCGGGCGGUGGAGGGCGCUCAGAGGGCUGCAGCCAUUGCCAAACAGAAGGGAGAGAUCGCUGCGUCCAGGACAGCACAUGCCAAGGCCAAGGCAGAUGCAGCUGAGCAGGCAGCCCAGGCCUCUAACAGAGAGUCCAGCAUUGCCAGACUGGUGGCCAAAGAGCUCUCCCCUUCCUUCUACCAGCCAGGUCCCGAGUAUCUGAAGAAGAGAGUGUUACAGGAAGCCAUGGAGGGCAGUGAGAACACAGACACCAUCAUGCAUGAACCCCUGCUAGCUGAGGAGGAGCCGCUCCCCACACCACCUGAAAGCCCAUUUAUGAAUGAACUGGACAGCCUCAUGCCUGGCUCAUCCCCAGGUCGCACCCCUUCUCCAAGUCCAGGCAUCAUGAACAAGGAAGAACCCAAACUCCUCGGUCCAGGUGGCUGGAAUGAAGACAAAACCAGUAAAGGUGGUGUCAGCAGUAAACCCAACAGCAAGCAAGGUAGUCGUCCCACUACUCCCUCAGUUUCUGCUCCUGCGUCUGCUGCACCUGAAGAAGGAAGGGCCCCCAGUAGUCGUGGUCCCUCUCGUACCCCAAGCCGUCAGAGCAACAAGAAUGAGCAGGGCUCUGACAUGGAGAUCAAGCCACUGCAGAAGUUUGACUCUGAGGCAAAAACUUCAGAUGCCACUACAAGCCUUGCUGCCACUACAGCCCCUGCUGCCCCUGUAAGGAAUAGCCUCAUCUCACCAGAUGAAGAAGAAGAAGAAGAAGAAGCACCACCACGUCCCAUCUCCAAAGCACCUUGCAAAGCGCCUUCCAAAGCACCUUCCAAAGCUGUAACCCCUGAGCCUAAAGCCACUGAGGUAAAAACGGAAAGAGCGCCAUCAACAAAAGAGAGAGCAGCGCCUAUAUCUGAGAACAAAGUGGAGUCCAGGGAGCCGAGCAGACCUGCCAGUAAAGCAGAAACAAAGCCGCUACCAAAACGGCAACCCAGCCCAGCUCCAGCUCCAAAACCUGCUCCAAGUCUUGAACCUAAAACAGCACCAAAGCCAGCGGAAGCCAAAGCUGUAGUUGCCAAACCGGCCGCGAAGGUGGAGCCUAAAGCCGAAGCCAGACCCAAGGCCAUAUUGUCGAGCCUGAGUAAUGAGAUGACUGCAGAGUCUUUGGAGAUGGAGGGCCCAAACACCAUCAUGAUCUGCAUGGUAAUCCUGCUCAACAUCGGCCUGGCUAUUCUCUUUGUUCACAUUUUGUCAUGAGACAUUUUGCACCACCUCAGUUUGCUACAGGUUAAUGGCAGCGUCGGAGAGAGAUGGCGUUCCUCCUCAGUAAAGACCAGAGAUCAAAGACGGCACUGAAGGGGAACAGAAGCCUCAUGCAGACUGCUGCAGCUCCUAGGAUGGUUUUUGUUGGUGUGACUGUGUGAGGCUCUGUGAAGCGCCUCUCUUUCCAGAGGUUAGAGAAACUGAAGGACAUUGAAUGGCCGACACUGUUCGAUGCUUUAUUUUUUUAAAAACUGGGGGCUAAAUGGUAGGUUAUGUCCCAGUGAUGAUGCUGAGGAAAGAAGGGUGGCACUCAAGAAUUUAACUUUAUCACAGUGUGUCAUAAGCGUGUCAACAUUUUUGCAAUAUGGCUUUUAAAUAAAUCCUUAAUUGGCACUCUAACUGGCUCUCACAAGAGUGAAUCAAGCACAUUAGACAAACCCAGCAGAUAAUCACAUUUUGCCACAAGAUAUGUUUGUAUCAUGUAACCCCCAGACUGAAUAUUUCCUCCAUUAUGCCUUGUUUGAACACGCAAACUGCAGCAGACGUGCGGAGGGUUUGGGAGUGAUAACUGUUGCUGUUAAAAGUAGGAAUCUCACGUGUGUCUCAAGUCUCAUCGAGAAGCCCUCCGAGUGCUACUGCAAAAACAGGUUUUCAUUUACCGUUAACAUUUUCUGGUUUCAAAAUCUUUGAGACUGUGGUGUACGACACUGAAGUUUUCAGUUUUAACCGGCAUUUAUGUGCAUUUGCCAUCGUUCUGCUGCUUUGCUUUGGGGGGCACUGAUAUACCAAUGCACAAGGAAAAUAAGAAGCUUAUGAGUGCCACUGCUACUUUGUAUGUUCCUGCGGUGUUGUGCAAUUCUGUUUAAACACCCAGGCAGCUUUAAAUGACAGUUGUGUAAGUUUUACGAGAGGAAAACAAUGGCUGGAGUUUACCUAAUUUGAAGCAGUCACCGUAUGUUGUCGUAAGGUUGCUGAGUCUACAUAUUUAUCUUCAUGCAGCAGGGAGUGGGUUGGGUUCAUUAUUUUGUGUAUCAGUGCAGAAAAAUGCCUGUUGAAAAUUCAGUUUUUGUACACAUGAGGGCACUUUGUGUGUAUGUGUCUAUUUUUGUACCAUUUUGAAGUGCACAUCUAUUUGGCAUUCAAAAUACUCUAUUGUAGGAUUUUUUUGGGGGGGGGUCAUUAGUACAAUCAGAAGUUGUAAUCCUAAAUUUGCUUCCCAAAUGAGUCAGUUUACCUCAUGUUUGUGAGAUGGAGGGAAAAUAUUGAAAGAUUCUUAACUCCAUGUCUUAUGUUGAGAAGAGUGCUUUUAUUUUCUUAACCCAAUUAGGAUUUAAAAGAAACUGUUUUAGCUGCAGUUGUGUUUUGCCUUUGAGUUUGCAAAUGUACACACAGACCACUGGUGAAAAAAAAGAAAGUCUACAAGCAUUUAAAAACUAGUUUUAAUGAAAUUCCCAUGGUGGUUUACCUGUAACCAACAGUGCAUUAAACGAGUCAUAAAAGUGUCGAUGCAAAUGUGAAAGUCACUUUGUUUUUCUGUUUUAGACCAGAAAUACAGCUGAAAUCAAAUAAAAAC